AUGUCUCACCGUCGUCAGCGUUUAAUAGAACAACGUCUGACAGAUCUGCGAGAUCGCAUAGACCGCGCAGAUCCCGAAGAUGUCACAAGCCUCACAGACCUCCUAGAACUGUUGGGAGAUGCACCUCCCAGGAUUGUGGAAACAGCACCCACCUCCCCGGCUCGAGACAUACCUUCCACCCCCAUAUCUAGAGAACCCUCAGACUUUCAGAUCAGAGAUGCACCUCACAGAAUUAUGGAUAUAGCUCCCACCUCCCCAGUUCGAGACACACCUCUCAUGUCCAGAUCUAGAGGAUCCUUAGACUUUGGGACCGGAGAAAUGCUUUGCUUCCAUAACAGUGCCCUCUGCAAAGAUAUGACACAGGCCCUCCAUAAUCUUCUAGCCAAGGAAAGAAGAGGCCGCGCACCACAACAGUACUCAAUACUCCAGCGCUACCACGUCGUCAAGAUAGAAAGCAGGACGCCCAGUCUCGGACAUAGCAUGCGAUGGGAGAACUGCGACCGGACACCGGGUGUUGGAUCAUGUCAUGACGAUCUCCGGUGCUUCAACCCAAACGAGUGCGCGGUCAACUACGUGAACCGCUUCUGUCUCGACCGGGAUGUCUUCCGCCGGUACAACAUCGAAUGCGAACAGGCCAACAGGGUCUUUAACGUGUACAAAAGUCAACUUCCUCCUAGAUAUGCCCAGGGAUGUUCCAACGCGGUUACAAACAUGUUCUGUAGCUUAUUCAUUGAUAGCCACGACAUUGACGACGUUGACGACUGGGACCCAAGGGUUCACGGAGUUCUGUCCUGUAAUUACCUUGACAGUUACCAAAAGUUCGCCAAUGAUUUCUAUUUUGAGAUUAUGGCUACUAGGGCAAGAGGAAACAUGAGAGAGUUCCAUGCUGGAAGAUGGUGCUGA